GGGUCAUUCCCCGCCGGCGGCGGCGUUGGAGUGUUUAUUGUCGGGUGGGACUGUGUUGGAGUCGGCCGUUGUGUACACUAAAGCGUGCGGCGAUAGCGGAUACACACCGGAGCCAAAUGGUGACUGACUCAGCAGUGUUGCAUGGGGCCCAGUGAUUGACGUGACGCCCUCCUGGUCUGUGAUGUAGCCGCAUAAACCUGUGGUAUCAUCAUUUGAGAGGGCAGAUGCAUUCGCAGGAGCAGGAUGACCGGUAGCAGUGAAGACCCCAUGGGUCGGCCGUGACGAUGGUGUGGAGUGUGCUGCUCCUAGGCGUGCUUGUGGGCCAGGCCUGGGCGGCGCACUAUGUGUCGGCCGACGACUGUGACUGGCGCACGGGCCCGGCUUCCCCCGAAGUGGCCCUGCGGUGUCGUUUGCAAGCUCUUCGCACUGGCCCCGACAGCACAAACUUCAGCCUCAUCCAGCCUGACCACACAACUAGCCUCACAGUGUUGUGCAGUGCCCUGUUCACCGAGAGCCACCUUGGCAAUGCAACAUUCAGCAGCUUGCGUUCCCUGCGGGCCCUGCACCUGGAACAGUGCAAGAUAUCCGAGGUGCCCGAGAGAGCGUUUGCGGGACUGACUGAGUUGCGAAACUUAACUGUGCGGACUUACAAUGGGGACUGGGGGGCGCUGUCCUUGGCGCUGGCGCCGCGGGCCUUGGAGGGCCUCAGUCUUCUACAGCGGCUGGACCUUGGUCACAACAACAUGGUCGCACUGCCACCAACGGGCCUGUGCAGUCUACGGCAGCUACGCUCGCUCAACCUGACGCACAAUGCUCUCGAGACAGUGGCUGGACUGGGCUGCCUCGGUGCCCUUUCAGAGCUGGACAUGUCGCACAACCGGUUGCGUCAACUGGACGACGGAGUCCUGGCCGCCCUAGGAAGUCUACGUUCCCUUCGGCUGCGCCACAACCGGCUGGACCGGCUGGCUCCCGCUGCCCUGGCAGGCUUGGCCCAAUUGCAGCUUCUGGACCUUUCACACAACCAGCUGAGCGGUGGGCUGCCCCCAGGACUGCUUGGUGGCACAGAUCUGCGAGAGCUCUAUCUACAGAACAACACACUCAGCCUUUUAUCACCACGUACGUUCUCUGGCCUUGAGCAGCUUGUCAUCUUGAAUUUGAGCCGAAAUCAUCUGUCCAGCGAUGGCAUCACGCAUGACACAUUUGCAGACCUCAUCCGCCUCGUCAUUUUGGACCUCAGCCGCAACCAGCUGCGGCAAGUGAACGGAAGCACAUUCCAGUCCCAGUACAGCCUGCAGAUUUUGCAUCUGGAGCAUAACUUGAUUGAGAAUGUUGAUGACAAUGCUUUCUCUUCACUGUAUAACCUUCACACACUUAUGUUGAGUGACAACAGGUUGAGCCAUCUUAGUGUUUUCACGCUCAACGGCCUCUAUGUGCUUAUCAACCUGGCUCUGGACCACAAUCGGCUGGAGAAUAUCCAUUUAGAUGGUUUUCGUAACUGCAGCAGCUUGCAAGACUUGCAGCUAUCGUCCAACAGCUUGUCAAACAUUCCGGAUGCACUUCAGUACUUGCAUUACCUCAUCAGCCUUGACCUGUCAGACAACCGUAUAGCAAGUGUAUCUAAUGCCACCCUGUCAGGAAUGCCAAACCUACACAUUUUACGUUUGGCUGGGAACCGCAUAGGCAACAUGACCAAAGGCACCUUUCAGUCACUGCAUUCACUUCGAAGACUUGACUUAUCCAACAACCAGAUAGCUAGCCUGGAACAUGGCAUCUUUGAUGAUGCCUCAGCCCUGAAUGUGAUUUUACUAAAUGACAAUCUCCUUGAAGACAUCAAUGGGCUUUUUAUGAACUUGGCACACUUGCGCUUACUCAAUGUCUCAUGCAAUAGUAUUGCAUGGUUUGACUAUGCUCUUGUGCCUCGGCAGCUGAAGCACUUGGACAUUCACCAGAAUUAUAUUGAGGCUCUAGGCAACUACUACGAGUUGGAGGACAAGAUGCAUCUGAAGAUACUUGAUGCGUCCAGCAAUCACAUUCGUGAAAUCAAUGCGGGUUCUUUUCCAAAUCAAAUUGAAAUGAUCAACCUUAGCAACAACCGCAUCAGCAUUAUUCAUCCCUUUACAUUCAUGAUAAAACACAACUUGACCAAGGUAAACCUUACCCAGAAUCGUCUACAGAACCUCGACAUCAAUGCAUUCCGCCUAAAACCCACCAAGUCGGCCCUGCCAGAGUUUUGGAUAGCCGAAAACAUUUACUUUUGUGACUGCAGCAUGGAAUGGCUGCAGAGAAUCAACAGCCUGGAUGGUCAGUAUCCUCAAGUAAUGGACCUAGCCAAAGUUGUUUGCCAGAUGCCAUUUGGCCGGCGCCGACCUCGCUUGUUACUCACCGAAGCCAAUUCGUCCGACUUUCUCUGCAAGUACAAAAGCCACUGUUUUGCAUUGUGCCACUGCUGCGAGUUUGAUGCCUGUGACUGUGAGAUGGUCUGUCCCGAGAACUGCACCUGCUACUCAGACCAGACAUGGAACAGCAACAUUGUAGAUUGCAGUUUCACUGCCCACAGCACCAUUCCUGCACGCAUUCCUAUGGAUGUGACUGAACUGUACUUAGAUGGAAACGAUAUGACCCACCUCUCAAGUCACAGCUUCAUCGGCCGCAAGAACCUGAAGGCCCUGUACCUCAACAACAGCAACAUCCAGAGCCUCCACAACCGCACCUUCAAUGGCCUUGUGGGUCUGCAGGUGUUACACCUUGACCACAACAAGAUCACUGUGUUGCUGGGGCAUGAGUUUGAGAACUUGACUAGCCUUCGUGAGCUGCACCUUUCGCACAACCGACUCUCGAGCCUCAGCAACCGGACAUUUGCGGCGCUGCGGUCACUCGAGGUGUUACGUCUAGACAACAAUUACCUGCUUGAGUUCCCAGUGUGGCAGCUGCGGGCCAACGCGGUGCUGCGCCACGUGCAGUUGGGCCACAAUCCGUGGUCUUGUGGAUGCGCCUUCCUGAGCCGCUUCCAGGCGUGGGCACGUGGCAGCCCUCUGCGGGAUGCGGCCUCGGUGCGUUGCGGUCGUCGGGGCCCCUUCCUGCUCGAGUUUGACGCCUCGUCGUGUGGAGGGGCCAAUGGCACGGGCUGGGCUGAGGCACCGGCGGCUGGCGCUCAGGAGCCGCACCAGCUGCCACCGGGCCUGGUGCCACUACUGAUUGCGGCGCCCUCUGCUCUGGUCCUGGUCCUACUGGGUGCCGUCCUCGCAGCGUGCUACAGGCGCCAGCUGAAGCUGUGGCUGCACAGUCGCUGCGGCUUGCGUCUCUUCGACCGUGCCUCCGAGUCACCAGAGCGCCUGUUUGAUGCCUUCGUCGCUUACUGCCCCAAGGAUGAGCCGUUCGUGUCCCAGGUCCUGGCUGCUGAGCUGGAAACGUGCAGCGGCGGUGGAAAGCGGCGCCCACUGCGCCUGUGCCUGCGUCACCGCGAUCUGGCCGUGCCGGGCUGUGUCGCGGAGGCAGCUGUCGUCGAGGCGGUGCAGUGCAGCCACCGAACAGUUGUGGUCGUCUCGGAACAGUUCCUGCGUAGCGAGUGGUGCCGCUUUGAGCUGAAGGCGGCGCAGGCGAGCAGCGUGCGCAGGCUCAUUGCCGUGUUGUUGGACGACGCCGGACAGGACCAGUGGGAUGUCGAGGCGCGCCAGUGCCUUCGCUCUGCGCUCAUCCUGCGUUGGGGUGAACGUAGGUUCUGGCAGAAGCUGCGCUAUGCGCUGCCAGACCCACAGAAGGGUCCUCCCCAGCGUGGCGGCCCCCCCGAGCCAGUGGCGCGUGCCAGUGCCGUCAAGCUGGUCUGAACAGUCGCGGUGUAGUCUACUUUUUGCCUUAGGGUCGAUUUCUACGUUCCUAAAGUCUCCAAACCACUGUUUCAGUGCCGCGGCCUUUUUGGGGACGGGAGGGGCAACGUGUGUGUGUGGCAGAGCCACCGAGACGCGCACCAAAGUGGCCUAAGACCGAUUGUACAUAGAGCCGCUGCGGAUCUACUUUUGUACAGAUGCCUUUUGUUUUUGUCUUGUUUUUCGUCAGUAGCAGGUCCCCGCGUGGACUGACAUCAUUAUGCUGUAGUGAUGUAGAGUACAAAGUAGUUGCCUUCUGUCUAUAGGAGGUAUGCUUUGGUGGGUCACCGGACGUCCUGCUAGCAUUGAGUCUGUGAUAUAUUAAUAAAAGACAUGUCGCCAGUGUA